AGUAAUAAUAAUAAUAAUAAUAUGGGUUCAGAACAAAGUCGUCCAACUAGUAAUAAACAAAAAAAAUCAAGUUUAACUUGGAAUUCACAAACUAUCGUAAAAACAAAUAAAACUUCAAUAAACAAUAUAAAACCAAGAGAAAAUUCUAUAGAUUUAUUGAAUAAUCAAAAUAUAAAUGAUGAUCAUAUAAAUUUACAAAAUAUACCAGAAGAUAAAUCAUUUCGACAAUUAUUUUCUGAUUUAGAAUUGGAUGUUUUAUUUUCUACAUGGCCAUUAUUAUCACAAAAUCCAAUACGUACUGGUUGUUUAAUAUUUAAAAAUGCAUUUGAAAUUCAUCCAAAAUUAUCAACAUUUUUUCCGUUUGGUCAUCUUAGUCCUGAUGUACUUGUGGAUAGUCCAGAUUGUAAAAGACAUUCAGCCAAAGUUAUGAGAGUAAUAAACAUGGCUGUUAAAGCAUUAGAAGGUGAUAGUAAAUCAUUAUAUGAAGAAUUGGCAUUACUUGGAGCAAAACACGCUGCUAUAAAUAAUAUGAAAAUUGAAUAUUUUAAGAUUAUAAAAGAAGCAAUUUUAAUGACAUGGGGACGAUUAAUUUAUGAAGAAUUUACUGAUGAUGUAAGAAAUGCAUGGGGUCAUGUUUUAGAUGAAAUUGUUGGAAUUAUGGGUGUUGGUUGUUUAAUAUUUGAAGAAGAAGAAGAGAAAAUAUUAGAAGAACAAGAGCAAAAUGAUAAUAUUCAAGAAUUUAUUACAUCAUCUAAUGAUUAUCAACAAAAUUAUAAAAAAUAUAAUAAAAAAAGUCGUUUAAGUGUAGCAACUGUUUCUAAAGAAGAAUUAGCACAGAUUUAUCCCAAUUGUAAAUAAACAACUAAAUAAAUAAUAUUGGAUCAAUUAUUUUUAAGAAAAGAAAAAACAAAAAAAAAGAAAGAAAAUCUGAAAUUAGUUCAUUUCACAAAUACUAUUUCUUAUGAAACUAAAUGAGUUAAAACUGAAAACGAGCAAACAAAAUAUUCAUUACUAAGUUUAAUAAAAAAUUUAAUUUUUUUCCUUUUUUUUCCUUUUUUUGUGCGUGUGUGUGUGUGCGUAAACUGUUCAUAUAUUUAAUUGUAUACUGUUUUCAUGUUACUGUCAAGUAUGUAUAUUUCACCUAUAAAUGUAUCUUAUAUUUUACAUUAUUUAUUAGAAAAUAAUUUAAAAAAUUAUACUAUAAUAAUAAUUAACUUGCGU